GAGUUCCUCCAGACCCGUCCAGAACCAGAACCGUCCAGAACCCCGCGGCUCUGUUCGAGGCUCCUCGCUCCGCCCAGACCGCCCGGAGGGCCGCGUUGUCCCUCUGUCUGUCCAUCUAAUGUCUCCAUGUCCAGCUGGAGGACACAUCAGAGGACAGACUGGACGUCUACAUCACUUCCUACCGAUUUAUCCAAGUUACGUCUUUACAACAUCAGCAGAUCUAAGACGACGUCAGACUACCAGCUUUGGCUCUAUCUAGUGCACAAGUUGUAGAAUUAUAACAAUCUGAUAUAAACAGGAAACGGCUGAUGUUUCCAUAGCAACCAUGUGAAGCGCGAUCAGAGUUGAUGUUGAGGUGAAUGAUGAGUGUUUCCUCCUCAGAUGAAGGCGGACGGUGUGUGAGCAGAGCAGCAUGGAGGACGGAGAGGACGCAGCCCGUCCCUCUGGACCGUCUCAGUGUGGACAUGAGGACCAGAGGUACAGGUGCCUGGUUGGGCCAACUUCCUGCUGCUCGUCUCAGAAGAGUGCUGCGUCCAUGGAGCCGCCGCUGCAGUUCCCUGGAAAAGAUCGAAUCUUUCCCACGGACAGAUGCUUAUCCAUCGCUGCGUCCAUGGAGCCACCACUCCAGUUUGCUCCCAACAGAGAGGACCUGCAGAGCUCAGAGGUUCCCACUGAUCCGUCUGUCCAGCAGCACCAAACACAGCUGGACUCCAUAUUUAUGCUGCUGGAGGAAAACAUUGUCACAUUCGUGAAGAACGAGCUGAAGAAGAUCCAAAAGGUUCUGAGUCCAGAUGACCCAGAAUGCUCAGAGGGUCAGAGUGAGGAUGAGGAGGUGAUGAGGGGUGAGGAUGAAGAGCAGAGGAGGAGCAGCAGAGAGGCGGUGAUGAAGAUCACCCUGAACUUCCUGAGGAAGAUGAAGCAGGAGGAGCUGGCUGACCGUCUGCAGAGCAAACUGAUUCCUUCACCUUGUCAACAUAAACUUAAAUCCAACCUGAAGAAGAAGUUCCAGUGUGUGUUUGAGGGAAUCGCUAAAGCAGGAAGUCCAGCCCUCCUGAACCAGAUCUACACAGAGCUUUACAUCACAGAGGGAAGAACUGGAGAGGUCAACCAGGAACAUGAGGUCAGACAGAUUGAAACAACAUCCAGGAAACCACACAGACCAGAAACAACAAUCAGACAAGAAGACAUCUUUAAAGUCCAACAUGAAAGAGAUCAACCAAUCAGAACAGUGAUGACAAAGGGAGUGGCUGGCAUUGGGAAAACAGUCUUAACACAGAAGUUCACUCUGGACUGGGCUGAAGACAAAACCAACCAGAACAUCCAGUUCAUAUUUCCAUUCACCUUCAGAGAGCUGAAUGUGCUGAAAGAGAAAAAGUUCAGCUUGGUGGAACUGAUUCAUCACUUCUUUACUGAAACCAAAGGAAUCAGUAACUUUGAACAGUUCCAGGUUCUGUUCAUCUUUGAUGGCCUGGAUGAGAGUCGACUUCCUCUGGACUUCCACAACAAGGAGAUCCUGACUGAUGCUACAGAGUCCAGCUCAGUGGAUGUUCUGCUGACAAACCUCAUCAGGGGGAAACUGCUUCCCUCUGCUCUCCUCUGGAUAACCACACGACCUGCAGCAGCCAAUCAGAUCCCUCCUCAGUGUGUCUGCCUGGUGACAGAGGUCAGAGGGUUCAAUGACCCCCAGAAGGAGGAGUACUUCAGGAAGAGAUUCAGAGAUGAAAAGCAGACAAGAAUGAUCAUCUCCCAUCUCAAGACAGUUCAUCUGACCUUCAUCAACUCUGGAGUGAAUCUGCUUGAGGAAUCUUUGACAGAAGAUAAAGAAUCAGCACUGGCUAAUUUUCAUCAGAGUGCUGUGGACAAAGCAGUAGAGAGUCCAAAUGGACAUCUGGACUUGUUCCUCCGCUUCCUCCUGGGUCUUUCUCUGCAGGCCAAUCAGAGACUCCUACAAGGUCUGCUGACACAGAAGGCAAGAAGCUUACAGAAAAACCAGGAAACAGUUCAGUACAUAAAGCAAAAGAUCAGUGACAAUGUGUCUGUAGAUAAAAGCAUCAACCUGCUCUACUGUCUGAAUGAACUGAAGGAUUGUUCCUUACAAGAGGAGAUCAGAAAGUACCUCAAAUCAGGAAGUCUCUCCACAGAUAAACUGUCUCCUGCUCAGUGGUCAGCUCUGGUCUUCAUCUUACUGUCAUCUGGAAAAGAUCUGGAUGAGUUUGACCUGAAGAAAUACUCUGCUUCAGAAGAGGCUCUUCUCAGACUGCUGCCAGUAGUCAAAGCUGCUAAGAAAGCUGUGUUGAGUGGCUGUAACCUGUCAGCAAGAAGCUGCGAAGCUCUUUCCUCAGUUCUCAGUUCCCAGUCAUCUAGUUUGAGAGAGCUGGACCUGAGCAACAACGACUUGGAGGAUUCUGGGAUAAAGCAACUGUGCCAUGGACUGGAGAGUCCAUGUUGCAAACUGGAAACUCUCAGUCUCUCAGGCUGUCUGGUCUCAGAGGAAGGCUGCUCCUCUCUGGCUUCGGCUCUGAUCUCCAACCCGUCCCACCUCAGAGAGCUGGACCUGAGCUACAACCAUCCAGGAGAGUCGGGACUGAAGCUGCUCUCUGUCAGUCAAAAGAGGCCCGACUGCAGACUGGACACCAUCAGAGCUGAACCUGGUUCUGUCCAGUGGUUGAAGCCAAACUUCAGAAAAUACUUCUGUGAGCUCACUCUGGACCCAAACACGGCUCACAAGUUCCUCAAACUGUCUGAGAACAACAGGAAGGUGACCGACCUGCGGAAGGAACACCCACACCCAGAUCACCCAGAAAGAUUUGACUACUGGCCCCAGGUGCUGUGUGAAACUGAUUUGACUGGUCGCUGCUACUGGGAGGUUGAAUGGGUUGGGAAGGUUUAUGUAGCCGUGAGCUACAGAGGGAUUGGAAGGAACGGUGACAGCGAUGGUUCCAAGUUUGGAGGGAACGACCAGUCUUGGUGUCUUGCCUGCACUGAUGGAGGAUACAGCGCUUGGCACAACAACAGCGGGACACCCAUUCCUCUUCCUUCCUCGCCUGCCCCCUCUCACCGUGUAGGAGUCUAUGUGGACUGUCCUGCUGGCAUCCUGUCCUUCUGCAGAGUCUCCGGUGACGUAGUGACCCACCUGCACAGCUUCAGCACCACAUUCACUGAACCGCUCUAUGCUGGCUUUGGGUACGGCGUAAAACUGAACUCCUCUGCUCUUUUGUGUCAGCUGUAGACCAACAGGAUGUGGUUUGAUUAACGUGGUAAAAAGUUGUUCCCAUAUAUGAG